AUGUGGCAUGUUUUAUAUUAUUCAAUGUUUGAUAUGCUGUAACGAUUUGGCGCUGUGUUGAGAUACAUUGAGAUAAUGUUUUUACAUUAAGACUACUCAUUUACUUUUGAGUGUAUAGUGUGAAGAACUGAAGUGUAAAACUAUAUCAGCUAUUAAUUAUUCCUAAUCAAUUAUAAAUCUAUUGUCUUUGACGUUGUUGGGCACGGUUCUGACCUUUAUGUGGCGUUUACUUGGAGAACACUUAAACAACUAAACAAGAUGGACUUGAUUCCUCAUCUGGCACGUUACGUUGUUUUUAUCAUCGUAUCCAAGUGAUAGGCUGUUGCCUCGCAACACAAUACGUUGUUUUAAUCAUCCUAAACGUGUCAUAGGGUACUGCCUAGCAACCUGCCAGCAACAUGUUGAGUUGUUUUUCUCAUCGUAGACGUCUGAUAGGCUACUGCCCACAGACGUUACUGCCUAGCAACCUGCUAGCAACUGGGCAGCGCCCGGAUCCGGAUGAGCCGAGUAUCACGACCGCCACUGCUGUCGUCUUGGGAACAGGUGUUCUCUCGUGGAGACGGUCGGUUUGGUUUGGGCGGCGUGUGUGAGGAUGCGUCGGACCGGAGGGCUGUGAGGUGCCAUGUUGCCCGGGGUGGGCGUGUUCGGGACGGGCAGCACGGCCCGGAUGCUAGUGCCACUGCUGCAGGCCGAGGGCUUCCAGGUGCACGCGCUGUGGGGGCAGAGCGAGGAGGAGGCGGGGGGCCUGGCCCGGGAGCUGGGCAUCCCCUUCAGCACCAGCCGCUCAGACGACGUGCUGCUGCACCCCGACGUACAUCUGGUCUGCAUCUACAUCCCCCCGCCCAUGACGCGGCAGAUCGCCGUCAAUGCGCUGGGCAUCGGGAAGAACGUUGUCUGUGAGAAAGCUGCGACUGCUGUGGAUUCCUUCAAGAUGGUGACGGCGGCCCGCUACUACCCCCAGCUGCUGAGCAUCGUGGGUAACACCCUGCGCUUCCUGCCUGCGUUCGUGGCGAUGCGGCGGCGGCUGCUGGAGGGCUAUGUCGGCGAGGUGCAGGUGUGCGACGUGCGGGUGUGCGGGCCCAGCCUGCUGGACCGGGCCUACGGCUGGACCUGUGAGGAGCUGAUGGGCGGCGGCGGGCUUCACACGGUGGGCUCCACCGUCAUCGACCUGCUCAGCCACCUGCUGGGCUCCCGGGCACAGCGCGUGCACGGCCUGCUGCGCACCUUCCUGACGCAGAGCGCCUCCAUCUGCGGGAUCCGCCGCGUGACCAGCGACGACUUCUGCUUCUUCCAGAUGUUGAUGGGGGAGGCGGGGCCGGGGGCAGGGUCCGGCGGCGUGUGCUGCACGGUCACGCUGAACUUCAACAUGCCCGGGGCGUUCACCCAGGAGGUGAUGGUGGUGGGGUCGGCGGGGCGGCUGGUGGCCCGCGGCACGCAGCUGUACGGAGAACGCCACGGGGGCGGCGGCGAGGAGCUGCUGCUGGGCGACGGCGGGCGGGCGGGGCCGGCAGACCCCCUGCUGCCCCACCUCCGCGGGCUGGGCUCCAUGGUGACGGCGCUCAGACACUCGUUCCAGGCCCAUGGAGAGCGGCGGUCCUGGGCCCGCGAGCCGGUGGCGGCGGCGCCCUCCUUCGAGGACGGGCUGUACGUGCAGACGGUGGUGGAGGCGGUGAAGAGGUCCAGCCGCAGCGGGGAGUGGGAGUGUGUGGAGGUCAUGACCCAGGAGCCCGACCCCAACCACAACCUGUGUGAGGGCCUGCAGAGGAACAAGAACUAAGAACCGCCGAACCGGACCCUAACCACAACCUGCGUGAGGGCCUGCAGAGGAACAAGAACUAACGGCCGCUGAGCUCAACGGAGAACACCGUCAUGUUCUGUCGCCUCUUCUUAACUGGUUUUAAAAUAAUGUCGGUUUUCUUCUGACUGGAAUAUUGUCAAGAAUUCAAAUAUUGGACGGUCUAACCUUUGAACAUGUCAAACCUUUCUUUUAAAUUAUUAUUUUCUUUACACAAUUAUGAGCGCUAGAAUUCCAGGGGAGUGUUAUUUUGUUUGUUUUUUUGUAAUAUGCUAAACACUGCAAACUAUUUUCCUAACUUCAUUGACAGAAAUGUAUGUACAGAGACACAAAAUGAGGGUAAUGGAACUGUUUUUUUAUUUAAAUGUUUUGGUCUACAUUUUUUUAAUAGGAUUACAAGUUUGAAAGUGUUUCCAAAAUAAUUUUUCAUCAGUUUUUUUUUUUCAUUUGAUGUCAGUUUGUCAAUUUAGAAAAUUAACUAAAGAAAUCCCAUAUUUGCUUUUGUUUUCAAAUCCCGACGAGCAUCCAGCAGAACACGCGUGUUAAUGUUUCAAGGAUGUAUGUAACCGUGUUUACAUGUAGAAAAAGAAACCGAUUGAAUUAAUAUAUUUUUUCAUUUUUUAGAUUCUCUGAUCUUUCUGGAAUCUUCCGUUUCCCCGUGUAGAGCGCAGCCUCUUCUUUGAUGCGUUGUACUUUAGAUUCGGUGGAGGUGAACCACUGGAUUGAUGUGUGACCGAUACUAGAUAGUGUCAUCCUACCCACCCCGGGUAAGGCUCCAGGAACAGGAAGUGAACGGCUUUGGACCUCGAACACACGAAAAGGGCUGUGUUUCACUUUAUUUAAGAUGUUUGCAAUAUGGGUUCUCCAGGCGAAGAGAGCUGGUGGGGUUGCAGUAUAGCGAUGUAUUGAGUAAUCCAAUGCAGGUGAGGAGACUAUCGUUUGAUGUCACAUGCUUGCCUCACGCUGUCUUAAUAGUGCUUAAAAAAGAUGUUUACAUCGUGUCUUAAGGACACGUAUUACUUAUACCUUCAGGCUUUUACAACUACUAAACAUUCUUUUAUUGCACUGAAUCAAUGCCACGUUCUUAAGCAGUGUAUUGUGUCUACCAGCCAGUCGCUGCAGUCAUGUUCCUAACUGUUGUAUUUAUUUUGUAUGUUUUGGUGUGGAUUAAAAUUCUCGCACUGUAUAUUUUCCAGCCUGUGAAUUUCUGUUAAGCUGUAAUAUUUAACUUCUGUUUCAUGUCAGCCUUUGCUUUGUGAACAUAACUUGUAUUGCAUUUACACCAGGAGCAUUGAGCCUUGACAAGGAAACACAAUUUUUCCAUUAAAUGUUCGACCACAAAUAAAUCCAGUUGUAUUAAUGUGUCAUUAAGUAUUUUUAAUUCCUAGAUUUGAGGACUUUUGGACCUUAUAUUAUCUUAAUAACUUGGUCGUAGGAUGUGAUUAGGAUGAGCUGUUCACACACAUCAUGGUGUGAAUUAUGGAGCACAUUUCUAGUACGUGGAAC